AUGCUUGAACGAUAUGAUCAAGCAAUGAAAGACUUUGAUAGCGCUAUAAGACUCGACCCGGAAAAUUCAUUCGCUCUUAAAAAUCGCGGCGAUGUCUACCGAAUGCAACGACAAUCAGAACAAGCACUUUCAGAACUGAAUCGUGCUAAUGACCAGUUUGCGUUACGUGGUCGUGUCUAUUUCCGGUUAAAAACGUUAAAAGAUAUAGACAGGGCGAUUGAAUUGGAACCGGAAAAUGUGGCUUU